AGCCGCGCCGCCGAGCUCCGGGGCUCCGACUCCUCCUCCCCCGCCGCCGCCGCCGCCGCCGCCCGCCGCGCGGGGUCCUAAAGCCGCGCGACUCAAGAGGAUGGUGCGCCUGGCCGCGGAACUGCUCCUGCUGCUGGGGCUGCUGCUGCUCACGCUGCACAUCACCGUUCUGCGCGGAUCCGGAGCCGCCGACCGGCCGGACGCGGCCGCGGGCAACGUCAGCGGGUCGCAGCUGCAGAGUAACCUCAACCUGGAGAGGGACUCCACAUCAGAAACCGGUUUUCCUUUGUCCAGAGAAGACCCAGAGGAGCACCAGGCUGUCCACCAACCCUUCCCCAGACAGCCAUUCCCUCAAGAGAGUGGGCAUCCUUCACUGCAAAGAGACAGCCCCAGAUCCCUUCUCCUUGACCUGCCAAACUUUCCAGACCUCUCCAAAGCUGACAUCAACGGGCAGAAUCCAAACAUUCAGGUCACCAUAGAGGUGGUCGAUGGUCCUGACUCUGAAGCAGAAAAAGAGCAACAUCCGGAGAAUAAGCCCAGCUGGUCCCUCCCAGCUCCUGACUGGCGGGCCUGGUGGCAAAGGUCCUUGUCCUUGGCCAGGACUAACAGCGGGGACCAGGACUACAAGUAUGACAGUACUUCAGAUGACAGCAACUUUCUCAGUGUUCCUAGAGGAUGGGGCCGUCCAGCCCCAGGUCACCGGACUUUUGAAACCAAAGAGCAGCCAGACUAUGAUUCCACAGACGGUGAGGGUGACUGGAGUCUCUGGUCUGUCUGCAGCGUCACCUGUGGGAAUGGCAACCAGAAACGGACCCGUUCUUGUGGCUAUGCGUGCAUUGCCACAGAGUCCAGGACCUGUGACCGUCCCAACUGCCCAGGAAUUGAAGACACUUUCAGGACAGCAGCCACGGAAGUGAGCCUGCUUGAGGGAAACGAGGAGUUUAAUGCCACCAAGUUGUUUGAAGUUGACAUGGACAGCUGUGAGCGAUGGAUGAGCUGCAAAAGCGAGUUCUUAAAGAAAUACAUGCACAAGGUUAUCAAUGACCUGCCCAGCUGCCCUUGCUCCUACCCCACUGAGGUGGCCUACAGCACGGCCGACAUCUUUGACCACAUCAAGCACAAGGACUUCCGGUGGAAGGAUGCGAGUGGGCCCAAAGAGAAGCUGGAGAUCUACAAGCCUACCGCGCGGUACUGCAUCCGCUCCAUGCUGUCCCUGGAGAGUACCACGCUGGCCGCCCAGCACUGCUGCUAUGGUGACAACAUGCAGCUCAUCACCAGGGGCAAAGGGGCAGGCACACCCAAUCUCAUCAGCACCGAGUUCUCUGCUGAGCUCCACUACAAGGUGGACGUCCUGCCCUGGAUCAUCUGCAAGGGCGACUGGAGCAGGUACAACGAGGCCCGCCCCCCCAACAACGGGCAGAGCUGCACCGAGAGCCCUUCUGACGAGGACUACGCCAGACAGUUCCGAGAAGCCCGGGAGUACUAGCGCGCCGCUGGGGUCCGAGACACAGACGCACAGCACUGAUCUGCCAACUGGCACCCCGUUCUUCUCAUCCACGUCUGUAUAUCUGUAUAUUCCACGUGAAUAGUUUUAUAAGUACACUAGAGGUAUGCAGCAGGUCUGGAGGACCUACAAACCACGUAGGAAGCCCUCCUGGUGGGUGUGUGGGCAGGAAGAGGAACCUGGGAGCAAUGGUGGGUGUGAUUCCAUUCCCACUCCACAGAGACUGAGGUUGUAAACAUUAUAAGCAGUUUUUAUAUAUAACUUAUUUAAUACAAAUGUGACUUACACAUAACCUUUUCUCUGGAGUUGUCCUUGUAAAAAUUAUUUAAUCGCUUCUGAGGGAGUUCAAAAAGAAAAGGACUUGGGGGGAUGAAGAGAAAAAGGAAUUUUGCAGCGGAAAUGCACCAAAGCAAUAAACAGCCACCUUACACCAGGUGUUGGUUAGUCGUGGGGUGUCUGCUGAGCCACAGAUUCCGACAGUUUCUUGUCUUAGACUAGGCAAGGGGUGGGCAGUAAGUGAGUGGAGUCAGAUCUAAGGCAUGGCUUUAAAUGGCCUUAAAAUAAAUGACCAGUGUAAUUCCACUAAGGAGCCCAGCAGCGCCUCUGCUCUGUCCUAACAGGCUCAGAAGACUACAGAAGUUCAGGCAUAAAGCCAGGAGCGGCACUUCCAAAGAAAAAGCAAAACAAAUGGGAAAAGAAUAUGGAUUGUUUUGUCUAUUUUAUUUUAAUGUAACAACUUUUCUCUACCAUUAUAUUCCCAGUAAAUAAAUAUAGAAGGGGGUGAUGUGAGCUGAAAUCUGGGAAAUGGUAAUUUUUUAUGUUUUAAGAAAAAACUGCAUUAUUUUUGUAAAGUAUUUAUUGAGUCAUUGGCUAUUGUGCACUGUGCAGUUCUAAGAUGGACCACUUUUGUGGGGUAGAACUUGAGUACAGCUGAAGAGUUGGUUCUUAUGCAAUCUCUUACUUGCAAAACUCCAGGAAAAUAUAUAACUAUAUAAUAAAGUCAUAAUAAACUGUGUUACCUGUAUCCUUGAUUUAUGAUUCAAAGAGUGAAAUGACUCCAAGUGAAGCCAGGCUUCUAUGAGGAGAAAGCUUCAACCAGGAGGGAAUAAAAGACUCACAAAUGGACUUAGUGGUGGCCAGGGUAUGUCAUAGCGUCUUUGGCAUCAAGAGCAUCUCCCCAGCCCCCCCCCCAAACGGCUCAGGCUAAUUGGCACACAUAUGAUUUUUCUUUCCUCAUCCAGAACUAAGAGCAAAGACUUAAGAUAGGCAAGGCUGCGUCUAGACAAAAAUAAAUACAAGUAAUAGGUAGAACUACUUACAAUGCAAGUUACUGUUUUUCCAAAUGAGAGAAACCAAAGGUCAGAAUGUAUAAACCAUAUUUGACAUGUUCUUUGUGAAAGGCUAGCUUGGUGUUCUUGUAUCCCUGGUGACUUUGGUAUUCUUGACCACACACUCAAGUUCUCCUGGUAAAAGUAUGUUCUUACAGAAAAGCUCUUCUCAGUUCUUUAUAUGCCAGAAUGAAUUGUUUCCUGAGAUACUGCCCAUUAGAUUAUUUAUAUUCAGGUUCUGCAUCUAGUGACAAAAUAGCAAGGCUGGUUGAGGGCUGGAGAGAUGGUUCAGUAGUGGUGAAGAGCACUUACCGCUGUUGCAAAGGACCUGGGUUUGUUUCCUAGCACCCACGUGGUGGCUCACACUUAUUUGUAACAUUUCCUGGGUUCUGACACUUCUGGCCUCUCGGAACACCAGGAAUGCAUGGUACACAACAUCCAUGAAGACACUCACAUAGACACAAAAAUAAACACCUUUUUUUUUUGAGGUCUUGUUCACACUUGAAGGAAUGCUAACUGAGCCAGUGGAGAGAAUGGAUGGUCAUGGAUCAGAGGAGAGUGCUUGGUUUGCAAUACUAGAGAAAAAAUCUUCAAAAAGAGAAUUGGCUGGAAAUAGAACAUACUGCUUUUGAGCUGGUCAGUUUCUUGUCAGGACACACGCAAGCAGAAGCAAGAAGUAAGGUCCUUGGGAAGUUCAGUUGAGUAGCAAGGAGGCAUAAGAAUGUUCUGCAGCAAGGCCUGCUGGGUAUCCUGAAGGAAGUUCAAGGUUGUGGACAGAUCCUUCUGGAGGUCAGAAAGGCACCUGAAGGCUCCAGGAGAGGGGUGGGAUUUUUUCUGGUAAUUUUAAGUGAUUUUAAAAAUUGUUCCUUUUAUUUUGUUGAUAUUAUAAUGGAAUUACAUCAUUUCACCCUUCCCUUUCUUCCCUCCAUAUCCCUCUUCGUUCUCUUGUUCAUUGAUUACUGAUUGGCUGUGUGUGUGUGUGUGUUCCUAAACACACAUGUACAACAAGCUCAGUCUGUUUUCAGGGCUGAUCAUUUGGUAUUGAAUAAUCAGUUGGUGUGUUCUUCCCUAGGGAAGAUGAUUUCUUCUACUCUCAGCAUUUUUCAGUUAUCUGUAGCUUUUUGUAGAAGGUUAAGGCCUCUUGGGCUUUUCCUGUCCUCUUUGGCAUGGCUAUUGUCCUGUCUGUUUUCAGUUCACAGCUCAGCAGUCCUACUGGGGAGACUUCUGGGUGUAGCUUCUGGCAUUCUUAGGAGACACAGUCUUCCAGCAAAAUCCCUGAUACUCUUGUUUUCCACUUCCUCCCCCCGGUCCGCAAUGAUCCCUGAGCUUUGGGCGCAGGAGUGUUUUGUAGAUGUAGCCACUGGGCCUGGGUGUCACAUUUUGAUUGGUUGUGGUUUUCUGUAACAGUCUUCAUUUAUUGCAAAGAGAAUUUUUUUAUGAGUGUGAGGACUGUAUUUAUCUGUGAGUGUGAGGACCAAUAUUUAGAAUGUAGUUAUGGAUUCUGCUUGUUUAGCAAAAUGGCAGUUGUGUGUUCUCCUCCAAAAUUUAUGACUUUAAUAGCCUUUGUAGGAUAGUUGAUUAGUUUUCCAAUAACCAGGCAUUAUUCAUCUCCUUUUCAGUGAGUCUUAAGUCCAGUUAUGCCAAGGUAUACAUGCCCUGUAUCUUCACGGUUCUCCUGCUGUGCUGGUCAUUGCCGUGGUUUUAUAGGCCUCAUAGCUGGAGAGGACUGGCUGUUGCCUCUUUCGGAGGCUUGCAUGGUGCCUUCUGGUACCAUUAAGAUUGGCAUCCAUGGGGAAGCUUUCAGAGGUUCCUGAUCAGGAGCCUCUGGCCCACAUGUCUGAAGUGCAUGGUAGCUUCAGCAACUGGGACUUACCUCAUACUUUUGAUUGUAAACGAGUAAUCACGAUAGAAAGUAAUGUUUUGAGAGUCUCUUGGACAGCCCUGACCAACAACUCUAAAAAAGGGCUUCUCACACUUUAUGUUGACAGAACAAACUUGUUAGAAGGUCUUUGGCUCUUGAAAGGAGCAUUAUCAGCCCAGAUGGGAAAUUUUCUUCUAACCUAAAUACAUAUAUUUAUUUGCCAACAUAAGUAUAUUGUACGUAUAUUGUAAGUAUAUUGUUCAUAGUAUGGUUCCUUAUAAAUUUUUAAAACAUC